AUGGCUACCACUGGUCACUCCCCCUCUUCGCCUGAUGAUUCUAUUACAUCAACCAUUGCUGGAUCUCAACCCAUUCCACCAUCUUCCAACACAAGAAUGUCCCUUGAGGAUCCAUCAGAUCCAUAUUACCUCCAUCACUCAGAUGAUCCUGGCAACAAUCUUGUUUCCCAGCUCCUUACUGGUCAAGAUAACUAUGCUUCUUGGAGCAGGUCUAUGAAGUUAUCCAUUUCAGUCAAAAACAAAAUUGGCUUUCUUGAUGGUUCAAUUACCAAGCCUUCACCUACGGAUACAUCUCUAUAUAUUGCUUGGAGUCGUAACAACAACAUAGUCAUUUCUUGGAUUUUGAACUCUGUUUCAAAGGAAAUCUCAGCAAGCAUCUUAUAUGAUGAUUCUGCAUCAGAAAUUUGGAAGGAUCUUCAGGUCAGAUUUCAGAGAAGCAAUGGCCCACACAUCUUCAACCUUCAGAAAGAUUUGACGAACCUUCGACAGGAUUCUCAAACUGUGAGUAUGUACUACACAAAACUUCGUACCAUUUGGGAAGAACUCUCUACUUACAGACCAACUUGUACCUGCAAUAAAUGUACUUGUGGAGGAGUUCAGAAGUUACAAGAGCAUUAUCAUAUGGAAUACAUAAUGUCUUUCUUAAUGAGGCUCAAGGAUUCCUACUCCCAUGUCCGUGGGAAUAUCUUUCUUAUGGAUCCUUUACCUGAACUUAACAGGGUCUUUCAUUUCGUCACUCAAGAAGAGAACCAAAGAGGAGACCUCACAAUUGAUUCACAUUCUUCUAUGGCUUUUGCGCUUCAAAGUGAUUGGUCUCACACUCUGAUAUCUGAUUCUACAACUUGCCAGCCCCAUCCACCAAGAAAGAAUCACCUUUUUGCACCCAUUGCAAUGUUCUUGAGCACACUAUUGAGAAAUGUUAUAAGCUACAUGGCUAUCCACCUGGUUAUAAACCAAAAUCCUCCAACGACGCAUCAUCAACCAAAUUCCAUACUUCCAAGGAUGCAAACAACAAUACCAGAUCUGACCAAGCUCAAGUCAAUUCUACAACUUUCAGCGACACUACAACUUUAUUACCUUAGCUUACCUCUGCUCAAUACCAACAACUUCUCAACCUUCUUGCUACUCAAGCACUUGGUAUGA